AUGCAUGAUGGUUAUACUAACAAGCACACCUUUGAGCAUAAUGGCAAGAAAACCGUGCUGGUGCCUCUAACUCCCAAAGAGGUUCAUGAAGAUCAACUUCAACUUCAGAAAAAGAAGAAGAUCGAUCUCAAGCCUGAUCAAAGCAAGCAACACAAUCUCUAUGCCAAAACAGGGGAGAUCAAAAGAAUUCUCUACUCUCAAAAUUCUUUUGUUUUACUCAGGUUUAAAGAAAACCUUCUAACUGUUGCUAAUAAAACACCGGAUUAUCCGAGUGAACUAUCUUCUCUUUUGCAGGAAUACAAAGAUAUCUUUCCAGAAGACAAUCCAAUUGGGUUACCUCCAAUUCGUGGGAUUGAGCAUCAAAUAGAUUUUGUUCCUGGAGCUACACUUCCAAACCGGCCAUCUUACAGGACCAACCCUGUUGAAACUAAAGAACUACAAAAGCAAGUGGAGGAGCUUAUGGAAAAGGGACAUAUCAGAGAAAGCAUGAGUCCUUGUGCCGUUCCAGUGCUUCUUGUGCCAAAAAAAGAUG